UUGGUUGUCGCGCACGUGGUGAGCGUUCGUCGAAAAAAUAUAUCGAUAACCGACUCUUAUCGCGCCUCACUAUAAUUUAAUCCGAGCGGGAUCUACCGCGUGUUCCUUUUUUAAAUUUCGCGCUUUGUCUAGGUUUUUUUUGUUUUGUUCCAGUUACAUGAUUGUGAACCUUUGAGACUAUAAUAAAAAAAAAUUCCGCCAAAAACAAAAUGAUAAAUGUGCAUCGGUUACAACAUUAUAUGUACUUUGCCAUAAAGUAAUUGUUUUGAAGAAAAAAAAAACACGUGCUCCAUCAAGUGGUGUAUCAAGUUAAGCCAUACCGAAGAAUCUCAAUCUACAGAAUGUAUUUAGCGUUUCUGGUUGCCGCCGCGGCGGUGGUCUGCGGAGCUGCCUCGUCGAACGUCAAUAGACAUAUGAAACUACUAGAUGUGGACAAUCGCAUACAAUCUAAUUUAGCAAUCUCGCGAGUACCACCGAGACGCUCAAUUACCUUCACGAAGCGACCUCCGGCCAAGCUGGUCCACAGGCCUGGCUCCACUGUUGAACUGACUUGCGAAGCUAUCGCCGCACCAGCGCCCUCUGUGCAUUGGUUUAGAAACGACGUACCUGUCUAUGAAUAUGACAAAGAAUCAAACGAAAUAUUAGACUCGAAUCCAACGUCUCUUGCUCGAGUUUCAUCAACUCUGCUACUGUCGCGGGCUGAGGAGACGGCCAAGUAUACCUGUCUGGUAGUGUCUGGCUCCAAAACUGCUAGAAGAUCUUCAGUUGUUUUUAAUAUAGAUGGUGGAACUGAUCUCUCGGAACGGUCCAAGCUGGCCCCGCUGUCGCCCCGUGUGCUGGUCUGGUACAAGGUCUUUGUCGACGUCAUGGGUAGCAACGUUGCGUUGCCGUGCCGCGUCCGUGGCCAUCCGCGACCCCAUAUCAUCUGGAGGGACCAUUACGGAAAUGACGUCAAAAGCGACCCCAGGAUGAAGGUACUCAGAUCUGGUGAGCUGGUGAUAUCAAAUCUUAGCUGGAGUGACAUGGGAGAGUUCUCGUGCACCGCUACUAACAUGUUCGGCUCUGCUGAAAUCACCACCUUCUUGUAUCCGGCUAAGCCAAGUGACACGAGCGACUAAUACCAGUCUUCAAUGCGACAUAUUUACUUAUCUGAUGUUCCUAAUGUAACCGACAUUUUACACCGAACGCGUGAACGCUGCGAUUUAACGGCAAGAUUAUUUCUAUUUCAUAUUUAUUUUGUCAGUAGUUGUUAAAUGUUUUAUUAAAUAUUUUGUAACCAAUAUUGUGAGUGCAAGUAUCUAUGCACGUGAUAAGCACUUUAAUCAUGCAUUUAAAUAUUAAAUAAACAUUAUAGUGAAAUACAUAUUAUAGAAAUAAAUAUUUACUUUAUAACAACCAAUCUAGAAUAUUAUUAAAGAGGCUCAUUGGAUGGAAUUUACAAUCUUAACGUAGGGAAUGUGUGAAAUACUUAAAAAUUCAAAAUAAUAUCCCAACCUCAUCAAAAGAGGCAUUACUUUUAAACCAUAAUAACGAUAAAAUUCUGUUCUUUACAAAUACAUUUAAAUAAGAAAAGAUCCAAUUAUUUAUCCAUCCAAUAAUCGAUAGAUCAAUCAAUAGGUACUUUCUAUCAGUUGAACCCCAUUCCAAGCUAUUUUUGUCGAAUAGUUUCACAGCUACAUUUUAUUAUCAAUGCUGAAGAUGUACUUACAAUAUAAGCAUAAGUUACUAUUGACAUAAUUUUGUAUUAUUACCAAUAGCAUUACAGUAUAAAGUAUUAGGUACAUAAUAUACUUGUAUAGUAUUUUUAUUAAAUAGGCCUAGUAUGGAACUUGAGUGGUGAUCCAACCUGGAUAACAUGAUAUUAUUUUAUUUGAGCAACAUUAUUAACGCUAAAUAAAAAUUGGAGUUGAAUUCAAUUGAACACGAUGAGAUGGUUCAGUUCAUAUCAGUUAAACAUUGGUUGCCAAAUUAUAAAUAAGAGUAAUAAUUUAACGCAAAAAGAUUAAAGUAUCAAUAGGUAUAUGACAUAGAGCUGAUAGUACGAUUAAAAUUGAUAUCCAAAAUUAGUAACAAAAUAUUUAGGUCACUCAAGAGUCUUUCACCUGAUAGUUCUUUGAUGGUAAUGUGACAGUUUACAGCGUAAAGUACCGCGGUCACUAUUGUUCGAUACCUGAAAUACGUUUAAAUUGGGAUAAAAUUAAUCUAAGAAAAAUUUGCCAUUGACAGCUCUAUUAACACAUAUAUCUCUUUAAUUAGACACAUGUACAUCAAUAUGUACAUGUGUCUAAUUCACGUCUCAAUAGACGUGUAGAAUUUAAUUCAACAAGAAAGUAGAGACGACAAUAAUGAUCAUUGGAAAGUGUCUCAACGCUUGUUGAAUCUCAUUUUACGACUUUUAUAAAACAUCUGAUCAGACGAUUCAAAUCGCAAUCGAAUUCGUAGUUAAUGAAGUAAAAGUGAAGCGUAAGAUACUACUAAAAAGGAUUUGGAAUAUACGCCAGUUGCCCUUCGCUAUUCCGUACUUCGCCUUUCUGCUUGUACGAACUCACUGAUCAAGAUCACACUCAAGAACCAUGCCCUAGAACCUUAUUAUUAAUUAACAGAUAUGAUUGUUAGACGAUGAUUAAAUCGGAUCAAAGUAUUAGUAACGGCAGGCCCGUUGACGGUUGAGGCUAAAAGCGGCUUAUGUGAAACCGCUCUUCAUGUAGUAAGUUAUAAAACAAUGUAAGAAAAUAUUUAAUUGUGAUUUAUACUUAUGUAGAACUGUGAUGAAAUAAAUACAUUUGAAAAUU